AUGGCUAGGUACGACCGAGCAAUCACUGUGUUCUCCCCCGACGGCCAUCUCUUCCAGGUCCAGUAUGCCCUCAAAGCCGUCCGCAAGGGCAACGCCAUCAUCGGCAUCCGCGACAUCGACAACGUCGUCCUUGGCAUCGAGAAGAAAUCCAACGCCAAACUCCAAGACUCCAGGUUGGUAAUGUUGUUACUGAUGAUUAUCAUGAUUAUAUUGGCACAUUUGAAUAUUGGUGGACCCAUGGCUCUCAGAGUUGCAACUGUGGAGCAAGGAAACAUCGAUCCAUAUAGUGUUCUCUUAAUGAAAACUGAAUUAGCUUCAAUUUCUAAUACUUAUAUUACUUCUUGA